AUGCAUCCGGAACUUCCAUCUCUCAAGUCUCUACGCCAUUACCAUCACCAUCACCAUCAUCUCGACUCCUCCGGAUCUACACUCGAGUCUCAUACCCUGGCGUCGGCAUCUUUGUAUCCCUUAUCCCCGAAGGCGGAGUUGCAGAAGCUCUUCGUGGGAAAGAACUUGAAAGACGUGGAUGGACCUGCUGCUGUGCUGGAUCUGGGGAAGUUGAAGAAUAACUGCAACCGGAUGUUGGAAGCUGUUGAGACACUGGGCUUUGGAUGGAGGGCACAUAUCAAGACUCAUAAGACCACUGAGCUGACCAGACUCCAAGUUGGAGAAGGCACCAGCCCGGUGAACAUCAUCGUCUCAACCCUUGCAGAAGCAGAGAAUAUCGUUCCUCUUCUCUUAGAAUACAAAAACGCAGGUCGAGGCGUCGACCUUCUAUACUCAUUUCCUGUCACCCCAGCAGCAGUGGAACGCCUUUCUCGGAUCUCCAAGACUCUGGGCCCGAAGGGUUUGUCCUUGAUUGUUGAUCACCCUGACCAGCUUCCGUCUGUAUCUGCAUUGCAUAAGCUUAGCGGAUAUGCUCCUCUUGUGUUUCUAAAGAUUGAUAUGGGUGGCAAGCGAGCUGGUGUGCCACCACAAACAGCAGCAUGUAGCAUUCUCAUUUCUUCUCUACUGGAACUUGAGAAACAAGGAACCCUCGAGAUUCUUGGUCUCUACUCCCACGCGGGACAAUCCUACUCCUCCUCAGCCCGUGUUGAUGCCCUAGACUUCCUGCGUCAAGAAUUCGAAGCACUGCUCGUGACAGCCAUCGAGCUACGGAACCUCUCUCCGACACAUCAUCCUAUCCUCUCCGUCGGUGCAACCCCGACCACAACCUCCGUCCGCAACCUCCUAAUUGACAACGCCGACACGCCCCCUGCAGAAAGCAUAGCCAUCGCCACCCUACGCGCAACCAUAGAUCUGAUCCGCACAAACGGAUGCAGCAUCGAGAUCCACGCCGGCGUCUAUCCAACCCUAGACAUCCAGCAACUCGCAACCCACGCCCUGCCAACCACCGGCCCCCACGCAAUGCUAACCUGGGACGACAUGGCCCUCAGCAUCCUCGCCGAUAUCGCCUCCUUGUACCCGACCCGCGGCCCCAACAACUCCCCCGAAGCCCUCGUGAGCAGCGGCGUCCUCGCCUUGGGCCGCGAGCCCUGCAAGGCCUACUCCGGCUGGGGCAUCCUCUCCAACUGGAACCGACCCGGCGUGCCUCCACCUUCCUCGGGGCCGGAGACGCACGUCGGCUGGCAAGUUGGGCGGCUGAGCCAGGAACACGGCGUUCUGGUCUGGGGGUCGGGGAAGGGGUUGGGGUUGGAAGGAAGCGUGGGGGAGGUGCCGGACGAGGAGAAGUUGAGCGUGGGCCAGAAGGUGAGGAUCUGGCCGAAUCACGCGUGUAUCGCUGGUGCGGGCUUUGGGUGGUAUCUGGUGGUUGAUGGGGGCGAUAAGGUUGUCGAUGUUUGGCCGAGGUGGCGGGGGUGGUGA